AUGCCAUCUCGAUACGCCCUCCCGUUCGACGCCAAGCUGCUCGAGCAAGUUCUAGACCGCAAACCUGAAGCCUCUCCGAACGAUGACAUGACCAUGUCCGACACCCUGGCCUGGCUGCGCUCCGAAUCCAUCCUCAAAUGGCUCAAAUUCUUCAAAAGCCACAUGUUCGACGACCGGGACAUGCGCUGGUGGCUUGAGGGAGGCGCUUCUACCGAGCUUCAGCAGUGCGCAGACACCAUUGAUUCACUCGUCUGCCUGUGUCUCAAUCCCACUUGCGCUCAGCCGGAGGAUAACAUCCCGAAAGACGACGGCUUCGAGACCACAGCUUGGAUUGCGCUGCACUUGGUCCUCGAAGAUUCAAAGUGCGCAGACUCUCCUUUUCACGGACUUCCUGAACUUGGAGAAUUGCGCUGGAGCGUCAAUGUUACGGUACGUCUGCUCAUUACGGUCUUUUGUGAUCUCCUCGACAAGCCGAACGGAUACUUUGCGAAACUGCUUGGUGGACCGAAGCCGAAAGCUUUCAAGGAUAACAAGUACUGCAAGAAAGUCAUGACCGUCAAGAACGAGCCUGUGGCGGACGAGAAGGGGAUGUAUGGUGCGCAUGCCAAGUACCUGAUGACACGCCGUCGAGGGUCUGAUGAUGUGGAUCUGGAUGAUGGAUUGGAGGAUGGUCUGGAGGACGGAGAUGAUGAUGUGGGUCACGGUGAGGGUAGUUUGACCUCGCGAGAUGAUGGCAUGGACCUCAGCAAAGAACAUGUGGAAAGCAAUGACGACAUGGAGGUUGCGCUUGACAUGGACAUCGAUGAGGACGAUGCGCAGGAUACGCAGGAUGUGCAGGGAACCGCAAGAUUUGAGCAUAGAGGUUGGCCAGGCGGCGGUCAAAUUGGCGGACAUCACCGGAAGACUGUAGAUCGUCACGAUGCGGUGAGGCGCACUCUUCAGCCGCGUGGCGAGACUGCUGUGGGAUCAGCGUCCACUGCUCCACAUGAGCGAGCUGAGCGAGCCAUCGGUCAAUUGUGGCGCUACGGAUCGCUUCGCUGA